GCGGCCCGGCAUUGGCAGUAGCAGGGGCUAUGGGUCCUCCUCCCUCCUCCUUCACCCUCCUGCUCCUCUUCUUCCUCUUGCUUUCCUUUCUGGCCGAGUCUUGACUUCCCCUAGUGGCGACUUGGAUCUUACGCAGCGGCAUGAUUUCCCGACACCACAGGGAAAACAGGGUGCAAGCCCAGAAACUAUUUCCCCACCACCACUUGUUGAAAAACUGAUUUUUUUCAAGGCCUGUCCGGGGUUUGACCACACGGAAAGUUGCCGGAAUUUGCAGGCAGGAUUCUAAGAAUCAAGACCAAAAAA